AAACGCACCCAGUGCCUACAAGUGUGACGUACUGGAUAAGCAGUUCCUGUAUUAACCUUGCUAUUCGGGAUGCUUGGGACGUCCAAACGCUGACGUUACACCAUUAAAGUUUACAUUUUAAAUGGUUAUGAUACUUAUUUUUACAGAUCAAUGUUAAGGUAAGGGUUAUGGUUAAGGUAGGGGUUAGGGUUUAGAAUGUGGACGUCCCAAGGAUCCUCAACAGCACUAAACCUUUCUAUACUGUCUUUGGUUUUGCUUUCACUUUACUAGAAAUCAUGUCAGUACAAUUUCUGGUAAAGGACACCGAUAAUGUGCUGUUUUUGACGUCCAACUCAUCCAACCGACAGUCAUUGCAUUAAAAAUACAUCUAAACCCUGUGACGGUUUCGUAUGGCCUGUCUGAUCUUGGCAGCGUGAUAAAGUUCGAUAUUAAACAGCAGCAGGUCAGAGCAGCUGGGAUCAAAUCCUAUUUUCCUACAGCAGCAUCAGUGUGAAAGUACAAGUAUGAGUCAGGCAAGGACAAUGAGUUUGGAAGAGCAAAUCAGGAGCCUCUCACCAGUUGCAGCACAUGCCCUGGCAAUUGCUGAAAUUACAGAUGACAUUGACAUUCAAGAGUUAACAAGAGCAGAUCUAAACGAACUUCUGCCAGGCCUUCAACAUUUAAAACUUAGAAAGAAGAUCCGUGAACUUAUAAAUACAUCUAAACAGAACACAGCUAAACCUAUUACUUUAGUUCUUAACAAGCUAAGGGAAUUCCUUCCGGUUGAUGUCAUGGAGAAUGCACUUGUUCCCGGGGGAGUGUUACAUGGCUACUUCCCUAUUCUUAGAGAUUUGGAGAAGCAGCUGGCCGAAGCCCUCUACUUCAUUCAGGCACACGUUGGUUUGCUCGAGAGCUACAUUGGAGAAGAGUCCAUGGAGGCUCAGAGCAGUGCUGCAUCUCCAUCAGUUGACUCUGCUACAGCAGGAAACCAGCCAUCAAAUGUUGAUGUCCAGAAAACAUCUGUUAAUCGCACCUCAGGAUCAUCAGCCUCAUGUGCCGCUGACAGCCAGCCCAAACAAUACAGAACAGAAGUGUCUGGUGCGCCGAACAGACCCACCUUCAAAGAAACUCAAGAUGAGACCUCAAUGUCACACACUCAUACUUCAGGAGCAGCUGGUGCUGACACCCAUUUUCAAAAAAGUAUAACGGAUCCUUCUCAAAUUUCCACUGAUAGUGGGCACGAUGCACGAUGCCAUCAAGAGAAAUCAAGGUCUGCAGACCAUCUAGGAGCAGGAGAUAAGAUGUCCUCAUCUUGGUGGCAUUUUAGAGCAACUGAACCUCUAAAUAAGAAACAAGCAGUUAAAGUCCAUUCACAAGUCUGUGGAAAAACCCUGAACACUCACCUUGCACUCAUGAAACAAGUGGAUGAUCUGGCAGUAGGACUAAAGCGAGAGGAGACCAGACCAGAAGACUGCCAAGUCAUAAUAGCCUUCUGUCCUAUUACAUCUCGUGUGGGAACAGACAUUGAUGUCGCCAUGAGCAAAGUUCAAAGUAACAAAGAUGUCAUUCUAGUGGUGAUGCACCAUACUUUUGAUCACUGCUUUGUCACAAGCCAGAGAUCUGCAUCUCACUACAUAAACAUAGUGGAGGAAGUUAAUGUUCUCUUCCAUGACUCUAUGGGACUUCUGCGUUGUGAAACAAAUGAUAAAGCAGUGACUCUCAUACACAAGGCCUUACAGAAAUACAGCAGCACUACUUACAAACGUUAAGUGCCCCCUGGUGGCAACAAAGUAGUGUCUGAAGUUUAACACGCAAACAUGAUUUAAAAACCUCAUUCUACCAUUCAAGGCGUUGGUAAUUCAUUCUAGUUCAGAAUAAAGCAUGUCAAUCUGUGUAGUCAACCAAAUGAAUGACUGUUGAUACUCAAGCAGGACUAAAUUAGAUGUCUCACUGUAGAACAGCUGGUGUAAGGGAAUCUUUGCAGUGGCUGACCUCCAAGCAUGCCCUCUUAACACUACCAAUCAUGUGGGAUGCCUCGUGUGAAUUUCAGCUUUUCCUUAUUUUGGUAUUAGAAGCACUUAAUGUUGUUGGAUGUACUUUAAAAAAAUGCUUGUCUAUGUCACUACUCAAUCAUAAGAGAUUGAAAAGUUGUAACUACAGUAUCAUUAAAUUAUUUAUUUUGCUUACAGAUGUCCUAAUCUAUGAAAAUAAUUCAGAACAAGUAAGAAAGUGUUACAUCAAAUAACUUUGUAAGAAUGACAUUGAUCUGUUUUUUUCCCCAAACUGUGAUAAACAGUAUAUUCAGAUCCCUUGACUUUUUCCACAUUUUGUUACGUUACAGCCUUAUUCUAAAAUGGAUUAAUCUACACAAUACCCCAUAAUGACAAAGCUAAAUGUUUAUUAAAUAACGGAUUAUAUCACAUUUACAUAAGUACUCAGACCCUUUCCUCAGUACUUUGUUGAAGCACCUUUGGCAGCAAUUACAGCCAAGUCUUUUUGGGUAUGACGCCACAAGCUUGGCACACCUGUAUUUGGGGAGUUUCUCCCAUUCUUCUCUGCAGAUCCUCACUCUCUGGUUGGAUGGGGAACGUUGCGGCACAGCUAUUUUCAGGUCUUUCCAGAGAUGUUAGAUCGGAUUCAAGUCCGGGCUCUGGCUGGGCCACUCAGGACAUUCAGAGACUUGUCCCAAAGCCACUCCUGUGUUGUCUUGGCUGUGCUCUUAGAGUUGUUGUCCUUUUGGAAGGUAAACCUUUGCCACAGUCAGGCCCUGAGCACUCUGGAGCAGGUUUUCAUCAAGGAUCUCUCUGUACUUUGCUCUGUUCAUCUUUCCCUCGAUCCUGACUGGUCUCCCAGUCCCUGCCACUGAAAAACAUCCCCACAGCAUGAUGCUGCCACCACCAUGCUUCACUUUAGGGAUGGUGCCAGGUUUCUUCCAGAUGUGAUGCUUAGCAUUCAGGCCAAAGUGUUCACUCUUGGUUUCUACAGACCAGAGAAUCUUGUUUCUUUAUGGUCAGAGUCCUUUAGGUGCCUUUUGGCAAACCUCAAGCAGGCUCUCAUGUGGGCUGCCUUUUACUGAGGAGUGGCUUCCAUCUGGCCACUCUACCAUAAAGGCCUGAUUGGUGGAGUGCUGCAGAGAUGGAAAACCUUCCAGAAGGACAACCAUCUCCACAGAGAAACUCUGGAGCUCUGUCAGUGAAAAAUCGGGUUCUUGGUCACCUCCCUGACCAAGGCCCUUCUCUCCUGAUUGCUCAGUUUGGCCGGGCGGCUCUAGGGUUUUGGUGGUUCCAAACGUCUUCCAUUUAUGAGUGUUGGAGACCACUGUGUUCUUGGGGGCCGUUAGUGCUGCAGACAUUUUUCGAUACCCAUCCCCAGAUCUGUGCCGUGACACAAUUCUGCCUCAGAGCGCUACAGAGAAUUAUUUUGACCUCAUUGUCUUGGCUUUUUGUCAAGCACUGUCAACUGUGGGACCUUUUUAUAUAGACAGGUGCCUUUCCAAAUCGUGUCCAAUCAAUUACAUUUACCACAGGUGGACUCCAAGUUGUAGAAACAUCAAGGAUGAUCAAUGGAAACAGGAUGCACCAGAGCUCAAUUUCAAGUCUCAUGGCAAUGGGUCUGAAUACUUAUGUAAAUCAUGUUUUUUAUUUUUAAUACAUUUGCAAAAAUGUUUUCGCAUUGUCAUUAUGGGAUAUUUUGUGCAGAUUGAAAUGUUUUAUUUACUCCAUUUAAAAGUCAAGUGGAUGAAUACUUUCCCAAUGCAUCAUUCAUUCGUGUUUCAUGAGGAAUUUGUCUCUGUAGAUGGACUUAAAGCUAAAUAAAAUGUAAGUUGUU